GGUCUGGCAGUGACCUGUGGCCGAGGUGUGCUUUGGAGAACUCUGACUGUGAUGUUUCCCUGCAGGAGAUGGUGACAGAGCUGCAGAAGCUGGCGAGGCAGGACCACAGCACCCUGGACUGCUGCGUCGUGGUCAUCCUCUCCCACGGCUGCCAGACGAGCCACAUUCAGUUCCCUGGAGCCAUUUAUGGAACAGAUGGAAAGACCAUUCCCAUAGAAAAGAUUGUGAACUAUUUCAAUGGCUCCAAUUGCCCGAGUCUGAGAGGAAAACCCAAACUCUUCUUCAUCCAGGCCUGUGGUGGAGAUCAAAGAGAUCGAGGCUUCCUGGUGGACUGUGAGGAAGAUCCUGGAGGUUCUCUGGAGUCAGAUGCCACUCCUUUGCAGGCUCCAAGGGGCAGCAUGGACGAGCCAGACGCUGUAGCCUCUUUGCCCACACCCAGCGACAUCCUGGUCUCCUACUCAACCUUCCCAGGUUACGUGUCCUGGAGGAAGCCACUGAGUGGCUCGUGGUACGUGGAGACCCUGGACAGUGUGCUGGAGCAGUGUGCCCACUCUGAAGACUUGCUGAGCAUGUUACUGAAGGUGACAGAUGCUGUCUCUGCCAAGGGGACAUACAAGCAGAUCCCUGGAAACUUCAACUUUCUCAGGAAAAAAUUCUUCUUCCUGUGCAAGUGA